AUGUGACUUUCUUUUCUCCUCAACGGAUCUACAAAAGGGUUAACUGGCAAAAAGAGAGGGUGUUGUGGGGUGUGUGAAACCCUUCUCCUCCUCUUCUUCUUCUCUACUGAGUGAUUUUGCGAUGGAUCCUGUUUGGCUUCUCCUUCUGCUCCCUUCCCUUCUCAGAGCGCAGGUCACUCCAGACCUCCCAUCAGGAGUCACGCUGGUUACAGACAACAGCACUGAUUCUUUGACAAACAGCACAAGACAAGUAGACCUCCCCCCAAGGCCCCCCAGCUCCUUCAGAAUCCCUCAGCCCUCUGGGUCUGCAGUGAUGUCUUCAGAAGCUCCUACAGAGCAGGAGGACGACUGGACCCCAGCAGAGGCCUUCAUGUACACAGGAGACCCCCUUACUCUGGAGGGGGGCCGCUGCUCAAAACCGUACAGCCCCCCGGGGCAGACGGGUUCCCUGCCCGGCAGCUUCAGCCCCCUCAGACCGGCUCUGAACGCGCUGGCAAACACAGCAAACUUCCUGAACAUGAUCUUCCAGGCGAGUGACCUAAGAGAGAGCACAGUGCAGGAGGACAUGGAGUGGUACCACGCUCUGGUCCGCGCCCUCCUGGAGGCCGACCUGCUUAUCCAGCGGGCCCUGCUCACUUUUGACGCUGACCCGAUGGCAGCAGUACCACAGCUGGUGCUCCGCGCCUCCAGAAACCCCACAGCUAAAGUCCAAACCAUCAUCCUUCAGGAUUUAUCCAAGGCCUGGGAGAGCCUGCACCCACCUUCCCCCGCCCCUGACGACAGCUGGUUCAGAAACUUUAAAUUCCCCGAGUCCAAUCAGCCGAUGGCAGCACUGUCAAAGCGGGUGCUCCUCAAUGACCUCAGCACCCUUGAUACGCCGAAGUGGAGACAGGGCGACAGCUACGUGACCAAUCGCAGCGGCGUCCGCUGGGCCAGCGCCCCCUUUCUGGACUGUAAGGAUGGACGCUUUGUGCCCCGCUGGAUGCUCACCCUGUCAACGUCCUUCUACGGCCUAAAGCCUGACCUCACACCAGAGUUCAGAGGUGUGGUCCGUGUGGAUGUCAACAUUCAAGACAUUGACCUGGACCAGUGUGCUACAGGAGAUGGCUGGUUUGCAGACACUCACCAGUGCAAUCGCACCACCAUGGAGUGUGUACCUGUCCCAGGCAGGGGUUUUCAACUGGGUCAGUACUGCUGCCGCUGUAGAGAAGGUUACUACAACCCUGAGAUUCUCAUUCAAGACUUGGCCCUCACAUGGGUUUGUGUGGGUGUUCGUGCAGAUGGCGGCCCUGUGAACGGGAGUGAAGACAGUCGUGUGUGUUACCCAAACUUGCCCAUCUGUCUACCAUGCUGGCCGGGCUGCAGGAGCUGUCAGGACGGCACCCCCUGCUGGGUGCAGGAGGCCUGGCUCCUCAGGGCCACUGUGCUGGCCGUCCAGGGGGUCUUCAUGCUCCUCAUCUUUGUCAGCAUGCUGGUGGCCUACAGACAUCGGAGAAACCGGAGGAUCCGAGCGUCUGGCCUUUUGCUGCUGGAGACGAUCCUGUUCGGGUCUCUGCUCCUCUACUUCCCGGUUUUCAUCAUGUACUUCAAGCCGAGUACAUUCAGGUGUAUCCUGCUCCGCUGGGUCCGAAUGCUCGGCUUCUCUAUCGUCUAUGGCACAGUCACUCUGAAAAUGUACAGGGUUCUAAAGGUGUUCCUCUCCCGCACGGCCCAGAGAGUUCCCUACAUGUCCAGCCUCCACCUACUGAGGAUUCUGGGAGUGAUGCUGAUGGCAGUCAGCUGGUUCCUGUGUGCGUGGACAGUUGGGGUCCUGCAGAACCGAGACAGGAACAUCCCGGUGUUCAUCACAACAAGCACAUCAGAAGGCCAGGGGUUUAACCUGUGUUACCUGGACCGCUGGGACUACAUGAUGGCUGUGGCUGAGCUUCUGUUCCUGUGCUGGGGCAGCUCCCUGUGGACCGCUGUCAGGCCGGUCCCCUCAGCUUUCCACGAGCCUCGCUACAUGGGCAUUGCCAUCCACAACGAGCUGCUUCUCUCCACCAUGUUUCACCUGUUCAGGUUCACCUUUCCCUCUCUCCAUCCUGAUUGGAUGUUGCUGCUCUCUUUCACACACACCCAUGUGACCAUCACUGUGACACUUGCGCUGCUCUUCAUUCCCAAGUUCCUUUAUGUGUCCAAACCUGGGAGAGCGGAGAUUGCAGCAGAGGUUUAUGAAGAUGAAGUGGACUUACGGCGGUCUGGCUCCUACCUCAACAGCAGCUUUCACUCCGCUUGGAGUGAACCCAGUGUGGACCCAGAGGACUUUAGGGAUGAGCUGAAGAAGUUAUAUGCCCAGUUAGAAGUCAACAAGACCAAGAAGAUGACAGCAAACAACCCUCAUCUAUCAAAGAAGCGGAGUUCUCGAUGUGCAUUGGGGAGAUCCAUUAUUAGACGCAUUGCUGAGAUCCCAGAAACUGUGAGUCGGCAGUGUAGCCGCGAGGAGAAAGAUGGAUCCUUCCACAGUAGAAAGGUGACUCAGUCUGACUCUUUCAGGAGGGCCCCAGAUACUGUUAGUAUUAGUUACAGAAGUUCAAUUAAAUCACCAUCACCAUCCUUGCACAAAUCCCAAAGUGAUCACCACUAUGUCAGGGAUAGAAACACUUCAUGGCGAGACUCCAUGUUAGACAACAAUUCUGUGAGGAGAUUUUCCCGGCGUUCCGAUACCGACUCCCUGGAUAUUCCCCCGGGGGUUUGUAAGUCAGCCAGUGCCCAAAAUCUGACAAUUGACACCAAUCUCCUGCAUCCUGAUCACACCAGGCUUCAUAAAUCCUGGAGUCUAACCUCCACUACAACUCAUUCUAUGGAGAACAUGCCCAAGGUUAACAGAGCCAGCACAGUGCUGACACGAUCCAGGCAGAGCAUGUCCAUUGGUGACCAGACAAGGAGUGCUCUUCAGUCAGAGUCAUUUGACAAGGCUCAGGUCUGUCCUUGGGAGGUGGAGCAAGAAGAAACAGAAGUCAAGAACCAGAAACAUGUCACCUACGCUAACUCUCAAGAUAGUGCAGAAAAGGGGCCAGCAUCUCCAGAGGUAUUUAUCUGCCCCUGGGACCACGUACCACCUGUAGAAAAGACCCCUUCAGAGGAUAAGGGAUUACAAUGUGUGACUGAUUCUAUCAAGAAACAGCUCUCUGUGUCUGCAAGUGCACCAGCCUCACCAAGACCAAAGGUCACAAAAGAUCAACGUGUAUUCUCUUUCCGCACCACCACCAAUAAGUGGCUCUCUGUGAAAUCCAUUAUUGGAUCUAUGGAUGCCGGAAGCAAGGCUGGAAAGGAUGGAGAUCCACACAAAGAGGAUUCUGUCUCACAAAAAAGCCAGGAAAGUACUUCCACUACACCAAGAUCAGGAACAACUAGUAGACGUCCAAGCACAGAAAAGAAGUGCCUGCAAAAAAGAAGUAUGACAACAGGAGACGGAAAACCAUGCCUUGUCAAGCAAAAUGCCAUUAGACUGUCAUCUGGGGAUUCUUCCGACAGAAGUCCAAGAAGGCUUGUGAUUGUGAAAUCUGCUGUCUACCCUUGGGACAUGGAUGAUAUGCAAAAAGAUGGCAAUUACGAAAAUGUGUUUUUAUCAAGGCAGAACAGUAAACGUAGUAGUGUAAGUUCUUGGGAAACUUCCAGCAGCUGUAGAACUCCUUCAACUCACAGAAGAGGAAGUAAUCGGAUCACACCUGUUCGUAAUGUUUCCCAUGCUGAUGUAUGUCCAUGGGAGGCUGCUGGAGAGGGACCAAAAAAGCAGCAGAGCAUCAAAGGAGAUGUCUGCCCUUGGGAAACGCAGGUAUCUGAACCUUCUAAUGUAUGUCCAUGGGAAUCUCAAGAGCAUGGGAAUGUUAGAAGACAAGGAAGUGGUCUUGGUGACGUGUGUCCUAGGGAAUCAAAGGAUAUUCCUGUUAUUUAUUACACUAACAAGUCCAAAGAUUCACAGACACAACCGUCUUUGACAGGUGCAUCAGACAUAUGUCCCUGGGAGACAGCUGGAGCUCCAAAACCUUCCAUACAGCAAGAUAAUGAAUAUGCUAAUGUUUGUCCUUGGGAAGUUCAGGACAAGACUGAGGUUGUGUAUGAAAACCUCAAUCCUUUAAUGAACAAGGGAUCCUUAGCAGUGCCCCUGCGACAAGAAGUUGUGAAACCUGCUGUCUAUCCUGGUGCACUGAAUGAAAUUUUAAGUAAUGAGCAACAAUACCAAGCACAAUCACCUGCACUACAUGUUAGUAAAGAGGUAAUCAAGACAACAGAAAGUUGUCCAUGGGAUUUCCCUGAACCCCCUAAAUUGGAAAACAUUUGUCCAUGGGAAGAGGAGAGCACAGAACCAACGAAUACAGACUGUACUUCACCAAUGACCAUCAAGGUAGACAUUUGUCCCUGGGAAUCUGGACAUCAAGACAAACCAGAAGACUCACAAAAAGUCAUCUUGCCUUUGAAAGCUGCUUCCAUACAAUCUGAAGAUAAAGACAGCCAAAAAGUAAACAUCUGUCCAUGGGAAACAGAAGCCCCUGAAAAAAAUGCAGUAACAAAGAUACAGUCACAAGGAAAGGAAAGACUAGCAGAUGUUUGUCCAUGGGAUAGUGGCCAACCAGACUCAGGUAUAUCACAGGCCCCCAUAUCAUCAGAGAGUCAUGUAAGGCAAGACACAGUUCUUGAAGAUGUUUGCCCAUGGGAAACAGAAGCGCCAAAAGUUCUAAGAAAGCAAGACAGCUCUCGGGUAGAUGUUUGUCCGUGGGAGACAGAAGACACCAAAGUUGCACAAAAACAAGAGAGUUUAAGCAAAGAUGUUUGUCCAUGGGAAACUGAAGCGCCAAAAGUUUUUAAAAAGCAAGACAGCUCUCGAGUAGAUGUUUGUCCGUGGGAUACAGAUGACCAAAAUGUUCUCAGAAAGCGAGAUAGUGCUCAAGAAGACGUUUGUCCAUGGGAGACAGAUGAUUCAAAAGUUUUAAAAAAGCAAGAUAGCGCUCGAGCAGAUGUUUGUCCAUGGGACACUGAUGAGCCAAAAGUUUUAAAAAAGCAAGAUAGUGCUCGAGCAGAUGUUUGUCCAUGGGAGACUGAUGAGCCAAAGGUUCUCAAAAAGCAAGACAGCUCUCAGGCAGAUGUAUGUCCAUGGGAAAAUGAACAACCAGGAAUGGUCAAAAAGCAAGAAAGUUCUGAAGCAGAGGUAUGUCCCUGGGAAUCUAAAGAUCCUCCAACGUCGACCGAAAACAAGGCUGGGAAUCUCAUUAGUGAAGAAGACAAAGUCACAGAGAACCAGGAAAGGCUCAGUAUAGAAGACACUCCAGCAGAUACCAGCACAGAGCAGAUAGAUGGAUCAAAAGAAAACUUAGCCCUGGGUCGGCGAGAUGCUUUGUGUCCAUGGGAGAUGGUCAGGAGCAGUUCUGGUUCAUUCACAGACAAUACUUCAGACGUUUUUACAUGGGAGCCUGAGAAUAUUCCAGAGGAGGAUGAAGAGGACGAUGCAGAAUGUGCUGCAGAGGCUUUUGUAUUCCCCCCUGACCUGUGACAUAAAUCUAGCCAACAUUUACUUUUGAGCCCUACUACUUAAUCGGGGGUAUAUUAAUUUUAUAAAACCUUAUCUUGGUGCCCUGUUAAUGGUCAAUGGAAACUUUAUUUUAGAGUCCUUACCUUCACAUCGGUGUCAGAGUGCAGGGUCAUGCUGCUGGAAAGGUUGUUACUUGAAAUAAUCAAAGACAGAAACCGGGCUGUGAUGAAUGGAGACAAUAAGCUGUGCAAAGAGAGAGGACAUUAGCACACAUGACAGAAAGGUUAUGUUCUCCACUAAUCCAGCAAUGUACUACAGACAGGCAUUUCUUGACUGAUGAAGGGCAUCUAAGGCAUUUAGAUGGACUCCCUUUUCUUCCUGUGUCUAUCCCCUCAUUCAAAAAAAGUUUGUCUUUUUAUA